CGUUGUCAGAGCUGAUUAUUGUUUGAUGCUUUUGGUAUCUGUUGGCUGUUAGCGAAUUGGACUCGAUUACUGGCAUGACGUUUGCUUUUGCUGGUUUUGGGGAUGCGGCGGUGUCGGGCCCUACUAAUCGAUUCUGAUUCAGCGAUGGCGGAUCCACGUCACAAGCGUCAGAUACGACGACCACUAGCAAGAAUUUCAAACGUGCGGCUACUAAGUAAACCUACGGUGUUGAUACUGACAGAAGCACGAAGCCGAGCUGUCAUUGUCAGCCAAGGAUAGGUAGAACCUGAUAUGCAUGCAUGCAGACGAAUUUGAUCCUCCAACCCACUGAAAGGCCUGC